GCCAACAAUAGUCGCGCUGUCAAACUGUGAAAGAUGCAAGCGACCGGGUCGAAAUUACUGCUGCCAACGAUUUGCAAAUUCCUGGCCAUAUUCUGCAUAAUUGUACAAGCAAACUAUGUGGCGGCCAACGUGAAUCCCAGUGCCAUUGGUGUGCAUAGACGGUUCGAGUACAAGUACUCGUUUAAGCCGCCAUAUUUGGCACAAAAAGACGGCACCGUACCGUUUUGGGAAUACGGUGGAAAUGCCAUCGCUAGUGCAGAAAGUGUACGCGUGGCGCCUUCAUUGCGCUCCCAGAAGGGCGCCAUCUGGACCAAAUCCCAAACAAACUUUGACUGGUGGGAUGUGGAGAUUGUGUUCCGUGUAACGGGACGUGGACGCAUUGGUGCAGAUGGUCUGGCCUUCUGGUACACCACCGAGAAGGGUGACUACAAUGGCCCGGUGUUUGGCUCGUCGGAUCGCUGGAACGGCUUGGCCAUCAUCUUCGAUUCAUUCGACAAUGAUAACAAGCACAAUAAUCCCUACAUCAGUGCUGUGCUCAACGAUGGCACCAAGCAGUACGAUCAUACCAACGAUGGCACCACGCAACUGCUGAGCGGCUGUCUCAGGGAUUUCCGUAACAAACCAUUCCCGACGCGUGCCCGCAUCGAGUACUACAACAAUGUGCUCACCGUGCUCAUCCACAAUGGCAUGACGAACAACAACGAUGACUACGAGAUGUGUCUGCGUGCUGAUGGCGUUCAGCUGCCCAAGAACGGUUACUUUGGCAUCUCAGCCGCCACUGGCGGUUUGGCCGAUGAUCACGAUGUAUUCCAUUUCCUGACCACAUCGCUGCAUGCAGCUGGUCAGGUGCAGGAGCCACCCAAGGUGGACAACCAGGAGAAGUUGACGCAGGAGUAUAAGGAGUAUCAGGAGAAACUGGAGAAGCAGAAGCAGGAGUACAAAAAGGAGCAUCCCGAUGAAGCGCACAAAGACGAGGAAGAGUGGGAAGAGUUCUACGAGUCGGAGAAUCAACGCGAACUGCGUCAAAUUUGGCAGGGACAAAGUCAGAUCGCUGAGCAUCUGCGUGAAUUGUCGCGCAAGGUGGACGAGAUCAUUGGCCGCCAGGAGAACACGUUGUCACUCGUGUCGCGUGGCUUUGCUGCCUCUGCUGGCCAAGCGCUGCCACCUCCAGCGGCUGGACAAGUGCCCGUUCAACAGUUGCCCGCUGUCACAGGUGCUGUGACUAGACAAGAUGUGGAUUUGCUUAUUGCCAAUCAGAAUAUAUUGCUGAGCACCAUACGCGAAAUUCGUCAGCUGGCGGGUGAUAUCAAUGUGCGCACUGAUAACAUACAAAUCAAUCAGAAGAAUGCGCCCACGGCCCAAAUUCAGUCGACGGGCUACGAUGUGCAAACGCUGAUCGCUGAGAUGCGUGAUGGCAUGAAUCAGGUCAAGCAGGGCAUUUCCCAUGUGGGUCAAAGAUUGGGCAUGCCUCAGGGUUCGGCGCAGACAGCUCCUUGCCCCACCGGCAACUGCGUGGGUGUCACGUUGUUCCUAAGCGUAACCGUUGUGCAACUGCUGCUAGUAUUUAUCUACAAUAUAUUCAAAAAUCGCAGCGAGGCGCAAGCGAAAAAGUUCUACUAAGCUUUAACGCUUAGUCAGCCAAUUGGCCACACAACAAUGCACUCACACAUAUAUACACACAUGCAACAUAUGUACACACACUAAAACACACACCUGACUAGGCGGCAACUAAAUUUAGUUGAAAUGAAAUACUUAAGACUUCAGCGUAGUUUGCUCUACAAUAUUGUAUAAUUGUUUUUUACGUAGACCUAAUUGAUUUCUCCCUUGUAAUCGAUCGUGUGACUUAAACUGAAAUGAAAGUGAACAAUUAAUCUGAUCAAUGCAGCAACAAAAAACAAAAAAAGCGAAACAAAAGCCUCAUGACAAAAGCCACAAGACAAAUAAUGUUUGCAGUUGUAGUUCAACUAAAUAGAGUCUAUUAUUAUUUCUACUUAUGUGUAUGUUAACCAUCAUCCCAAGCAUCUUGUUUAUUUCGGUCUACUCUCAAAAACUGUGCAUAUCAUCAAUGUGCAGAACAUGAACUAUGAACUCUGCAUUUCACUACAAAAAAAGAAACAAAAAUGUAAAAUCUAAUGAUAAUGCAUAAUGAAUUCCGUAAAUUUAGCAAAUAAUAAAUACUUGUAUGUUUUUUUUAUACGUUACAUCGAGCUAGAGCGUCUGAGUCUUCAAGUUAAAUUGGCUUCAAGAUCUUCCAGACAAAAAAAAAAGAUAGAAAAAAAAAAACACCAAGAUAAAAAAUCCCAUUUCAUGUGCUGUACAAUAGA